UAUUAUUAACAUUUUGUUACACUUUUGCACUCUGUGUCAUCUUCUCUCUCUCUGCUCUGUUUGUCAGUAAUGGCUGCUACUUGGGAAUGUCCACCUCUUCCUAUGAUCAGCUUCUCCCUUAAAGACGGGAGCAAGGCCAGCUUCAAUGCUCUCAAGCCAUUCAUAGCAUCUCAGUAUGAUGAGAAUCCUGAUAGUUUUACUAAUGAGAUACGGCAACUUGAACAGCUGCGUGAUGCGUCGUUGAAAGUGUCCAAGGAUCAUAAUGGUUGCACUCUCUUGAGACGUUAUUAUGCUCAGCUCCAUUUACUGAGAGCUCGGUUCCCUCAAGAAGCAGCUGGCAUCAUACCGAUACACUUCAGCUGGAAAGAUGUGUAUACUGGAGCUGAGUCACAGCUGGAAGGGCUUCAGGCGGAACUAGCUCCAAUCCUUUACAACAUUGGGGCACUCCAUUCACAAGUCGGGAGUAAGAACAGCAGACACAGUGAACAAGACAUGAAGGAGGCCCUCACUCAUUACCAAUGCUCUGCUGGAGCCUUUGCUUAUAUUAAUGAUAACUUUGGAAGCAGUGGUCAGUCCGAUUUGUCUCCUCAGUUAGUUGAAAUGUACAAUACUUUAAUGCUGGGUCAGGCUCAAGAGUGUGUUGUUGAGAAGUCACUCAAAGGAGUAUCGAAAGUGAAGAAUCUGAAUAUUUCUAAAAUAUCAAUGAAAGUUGCUCAAUACUACCAGUCAGUGGUGCUAGUGUUAGAAUCAGAUGUUGCUGUAUCAGUUAACAAGAAGCACAAAGACUGGCUGAGACUUCUCUCUCUGAAGAUAUCCUAUUACACUGCCAUUGCUCAUCUGUAUCAAGCUAAUUCAAUGGAGGAACAGUCCAACUAUGGCUAUAUGAUUGCCUAUCAGCAGCUGGCCCUGGAGAAGAUUAAAUCAAUUGGUAAACCUCACCGUGCCACACCUGAUGUCUUUAAAGAAGCAAUCAAAAAUUUGGCAGAUUUUUUGAAUCAAAAGCUGCAGGAAUCACUUAAACAGAACGAGCAGGUCUUUCAUGAACUUGUUCCUGAUCUUGAGACACUGGAACCAGCACCAGGUUUUGAGUUGGUAAAGCCUUACAUGUUUCAGCCGGCAGAUCCAAAGAACAUUGGUACCGACAUAUUUUCAAGAUUGGUACCAAUGCGAGCGUAUGAAGCUGCUUCUAUAUACAGUGAAGAGCAAGCUAAGAUAAUGAGAUCCAUUAAUUCAUCAGUUGAACAAAAGAAUGAAGAACUAAGUACUUUCAUGACAUCUCUUAACAUCAGUGAAUUGACCAUACCCACAGACACUCCAUCCUUACCAAGUGAUCUGAUGACACUCCAUCGUCAGUUUCAAAGUAAAGGGAGUCUCAUCAGGGAGACAGAGUCAAAAAUAAAAGAAUUGAUGAGUUUGUCGGAGAGAGUUGAGCAGCAGUUAAGUGAAGUGGCUCAGAUGAAAGAUGAUGAAACAAAAGAUGAAAAGGAGUUUCAGGGAAGACAUGGUGCUAGGCCAGAGUCUCAGGUUUGCUCCAGUUUAUGGAAGGAGCUUGACUCAAUGCUUAAAUACCACAAACAAGCUAAUAACUCCAAUUCAGAGCUCCAUGCCAUGUUCUCCCAGUUCUGUCCCAACCUGCUACUGUUAGCUGGUCAAACCAACACACUAGUCUCCGCCAUACCAUCCCUACCUGCUCAAGAUGACCCUGAGGAAACGGACAAGGAAAGACUAACAACGCUAUUGAAUAAAGUUGAAGAGAUGAAGACCCAGAGACAGGAGUUAUUGGACCAGUUGCGUGGUCAGAUGAAUAAUGAUGAUAUCCUUCAUGCAAUGAUUGGAGAGAGCAGCUCUACUCAAGGAGCAGUGAUUGAGGAGUAUCUCCAGAAACCAAAGGAAAGGGCUGACGUCAUAAGACAGAACCUAACAGCUCAAGACGCCAUAUUGAAAGCUUUGACUGAGGCAAAUGCAAAACAAGCGAAAGUGAGACAAGCUUUACAGGAGGUCCAGAAAAAGAGGGAAGAAUGGUGUGUCAGUCUUGCCAAAGCAGCUGGUAACUUCACAUUCCUUCAGUCGAAGAUAAGUGAGGGGCUGGUGUUUUACUCCAAGUUAGCUGAAAGUGUUGCUAGACUCCAUAAGAGGUCAUUGGAGGUUUGCACCACAAGAAGACGAGAGAGACAAAGUAUUGACAGGCAUAGUCCUGCUCCUGAUAAAAGGACUCCAUCUUCUUCUCCAGUACCACAAAAUAAAGAAUCUAAUAAAACACAUCAGCUCUCUACUCAGACUCAUUCCUCUCAAUCAUCUCCUGGUCACACCCCUCACGGACACGCCCCUCAACCAUCGGCAACUUCUCGAGACCACACCCCACAGUCACCUCAGGGUCACACCUCCCAACUAGCCCAUCCCCCCAUUAGACCACCUAAGAGUACUUCUUUACGUGGUGGACCGAUACAGAAAGAUAUACAACAACAAUCAAAUGAUGGGGAGGCAGAGGGAGGGGAUAUGAGCCAACUGAUAUUAGAAAUGAAGAAAAACCAAGAGAUGCAGAGAGCUAAUCUUAACAAUACUGGCACUAGUGAGGUAUCAGCUGCUGCCACACCCACUGCCACACCCCCCACAGCUCAGGGAGUGUCUCUAUUACUAGAUGAACCCGUUAAUUUAUCAUUAGCUACUGGUCUUAUUGAACCAGUACUGAUACCUCAAUCAGUACCAAUUGAUGUUAGUCAGAGUCUCCCUCCUCCUGCUAUUCAAGGAUCAACUAGUAACCAAGAACUUCAGGGUCCGAUUCGUCCCAGUAAACCCUCUCACCUUCAAGGGGACACUAAGAUUGACGCUACUACCAGUCAACCAGUGUCCACUGUACCAUCGUUAAUGCCUGUUAAUGUUCAGCAGGUAGAUACUAUCAGUACUGGUCCUGCUUCUCCUAAUGUAGGACAAGAAGAUGUUACUAAUGCUGAGACAGAAACAGAUGCAGCUUUUAUUACUACUGACGUAGAAUCAGUUCAUGUAUCCAUUACUGGUGCUACAGCCCCACCUCUUGUUCCUCAUAGCAGUGACGCUGAUGUAGCCCCACCUCCUCCUAUUACUGUUGAAUCCAGUUCAAGUCCUGCUAAUACAGUUGUCAGCAUGGGACCAGGUAAUACUGGAAUGACUAUACCUCCUCCUAUUCCUAGUACAGGGCCAGUAAUACCUCCUUCUAUUUCUAGUACAGGGCCAGUAAUACCUCCUCCUAUUUCUAGUACAGGACCAGUAAUACCUCCUCCUAUUCCUAGUACAGGGCCAGUAAUACCUCCUCCUAUUCCUAGUACAGGGCCAGUAAUACCUCCUCCUAUUCCUAGUACAGGGCCAGUAAUACCUCCUCCUAUUCCUAGUACAGUGCCAGUAAUACCUCCUCCUAUUCCUAGUACAGGGCCAGUAAUACCUCCUCCUAUUCCUAGUACAGGGCCAGUAAUACCUCCUCCUAUUUCUAGUACAGGGCCAGUAAUACCUUCUCCUAUUUCUAGUACAGGGCCAGUAAUACCUUCUCCUAUUUCUAGUAGAGGAUCAGCUCCUUUUGUUCCUUUGUCUCGUCCUCUAGUGACUGCAGGCCCAGUUUCAGCUCCUAACAGUGAUCAAGCUGUUAAUGGUGACACAACUUCUGAUCUAACAUCCAGUCAAGACUCGGAGUCUGUUGAAUCUAAUGUUGUUGAGUCAACAGGUUUUUCAGAAGUUCUUGAUGAUACACUAAAGCUCUCGUCUCAUUCAAAUGAGGUGAGGAAGCUACCUCAGUUUACUGCAGUGCCAAUGGGCACUUUAGGAAUGGUGACUCCAACUGCUAGUCCAAUAGGAGGGCAGCAGCAUCCUAUCCUGUCAAUCAGUACUGGAGGAGUCCUCCCUCCUCCUCCUCCUCUCUCAAUCACUAGUCUACAGCCUUCCAAGGAAUUGAGAUCAACUCCUUCUCAUCUUGAGAAUUUAUGCCUACAGCAGCAGGAAACUAUUCAAACUCAAGCAAAACAGAUUGAAGAGCAAAAGUUUCAGCUGCAGCAACAAUCAAAGACAUUGGAGGAGCAAAGGAAAGAGCUUGAACGCUAUCACCUGUCACAUCAGCUGCAAGAGAAAGACAAAAUAGCUUCAUCGAGUAACCAGUCAAUGCUGGUCAAUUUAUUGAAGCAGCAGCAAGAAUUGUUUAAAACACAGCAAGAGCAAAUGGAUAAGCUAAGCCAUGAAAGUGAGGCCAAGAGGAGCCAGCACUCUGAGCUUGAGAUGAAGCUAAGGGAUGCUUUAGCACAAGAACAGCUUCAGAAUCAGGCACUUCAUAAUCAAAUAUCCCAACAGCUCAAAGACAUUCAACACUUGCAGCAUCAGCUUCAGGCCAGUGGCCAGCAAAUACAAUCACUCCAAAUGCAAGGACAACAGUAUUUGAAUCAAAUACAAGAAAGAGAUAAAGUGCUGGCCAAUUAUCGUGAAGAGCACAAACAAAUUGUUGAUAAUUUAGAGUCACAAUGUCGUCAGAGAGUUCAACAGAUCACCCAACAAAUGCAAGAGCUUCAAGCAAGAGUUGGAAUGAGCAGAGGAGGAGGAGGAGGAGGGGAGCAGAUGAAACCAAUGCUGCCUCCUCCUAAUGUUGGAGGAGGUGGACCUGUUCUACAACCUUCAAGACAGCCUCAGCAGCAAGGAUGGAACACGUCAGCAGCAAGACCUACUGAAGGACAACAGUUUCAACAGUAUCCUCAGAAUAGAGGAGGAGGAGGAGUACCUGGGCAGCAACAACAACAUCGACCACAAAAUCCUCCAGCAGCAGGAGGAGGAGCUCAUUUACAACAGCAUCAACCAGGAGGGACAAGAGGACCUCAAAACCCUUCCAACUCACCUGGGCUAAGUACCCAAAGAGUACCUGUGGGUCCUAGACAACAAGGAAUGCCUGCUCCUCAUCCUCAGGCUGGCCAGUCUAGUCAAUCCUCAUCAGUAAUGCCACCUCCUCAAGGAGUAGGACACCCUAUGAACCAACCCACUACCAACAAACCAGGAAUAGGACAACAUCCCUCUCCUGGAGGGAUCCAGCAUCCUCCUAACCAGCCUGGAGGGAUCCAGCAUCCUCCUAACCAGCCUGGAGGGAUUGGAGGGAUUUCAAGGUAUCCUAGUCAGCCUGGAGUGCCUCAGCCAGGCCAACCAGUCAUGCACCAUCAGCCUAGACUGCCAUCUCAACAAGGAGUGAGGCCUCAGUCUGCUGGAGUAUCCUCACGUCAUGCUCUUCCUCUUACUCCCCCUACUCAUCCUCCUACUAGUGAUGUACCAUCACCUCCAGUACAGCAAUAUCCACCUUAUAGACACCAGCAGGCAUCCACUGGUCAGACCUCUCACUGGCAGCAACAUACCCCUGGCCAUCAUCCAACUACUGGUCCUCAUACACCUACUGGCCAUCACCCAACUACUGGUCCUCAUACACCUACUGGCCAUCACCCAACUACUGGUCCUCAUACACCUACUGGCCAUCACCCAACUACUGGUCCUCCACCUGCUAGUGGACACAGUGGGCAGGCUCCUGUUCAUCCACCUCCACCUGCUGGGCAGCCUCUUGUCCAUGGCCUCCCUCCUCCUCCUCCUACUCCUGGGGGACAGUAUACGGCUCAUUAUUCUCAUCCCGGUAAUCCUGCUCAACCUGUUGGAGCUAGCGAACAACACCAGCAGUUUAUUAGUCCAGGUCCUGGCUAUGGCCCUCCAAAAUAAUAGCCUUUUUAGAAAGCAAAAUUUAUUAUAAUUUAAAUAAAUUGUUAUUACUUUUAUAAUUGUCAAUUUAAUGUAUUGUCUUAUGAAUUAUUGUUAAAUCUA